AAACUGACGCGAAGUGAUUGCGAUGAGAAGCACGCGUUGGUGUCGGAGCUGAGGGCACAGGUGUCGGAGUUGAAGCAGAGGCUGUCGUCGGAGGUCAGGGAUCAGGAGAUGACCAAAGGCAAUCUUGAGUACAAACUACAGGACGUGGAAAAGGAGCUCCAACUCCGCGAACAGGAACUCCUAACCCAAAAGCAAGAGCACCGGGACCUCAAAGACCAGAAGUUUGAGUUGGAG